UUUGCUGGAUGGUGUGUGGUUACAGAGCGAAGGGAAGGAGUGUUGAAUGGACAUGUCAUAGUUUGCUCUGGAAACCUGAUUAAUCUGGUGCACGUGGUUGGACACUGUGACCAUAAUGAGGACCUGGUUUAAAAUUUUGUCUCUUCUGACCCUGUGUGUGGUCUACUCCAAGGCUUGGUUCUGGUCCUGGAGUGGGACUGGUACAACAUUGGCUCCGUGGUUAGAACUGGAGGGAUCUGGUAGUGUGGCAGAUAGUGGAGAGCCACCAUCUGAAAGUAGCACCACAGUUGGAACAGAGAUUAUUGAUGAGGGAAAUGUGAUCCAAAAGGUUGGGCAGACCUGGGAUGAGACUACUGAAGGUCCUCAACUGACGACUGUAAUUCCUUCAACACAACCAGAGAGGAGACAUGGAGCAGAAAAGGCUACUGCAGGAAUGUCAUCACACAGAAGUAAACCUGAAAACAACGGAGUCUCGCUGCUGCAGCUGAUUGGAGAUCCUCCUCCGGAUAUAUUCCCCGAGGUGGACGGCCCGGAAAACAGCCCCGCCUACCUCUUUGGUCCAGAUUCCACCACAGGCCAGCUCGCGCGUGCACACCUCCCCAGCCCAUUCUACAGAAACUUUGCCCUCAUCUUCAACCUGAAACCCACUUCUGAUGAUGGUGGCAUCAUCUUCUCCAUCACAGACUCCUCACAGCAGGUCAUACAUGUGGGGGUCAAACUGUCAGACGUGCAGGGCACCGAGCAGAAUGUCAUUUUUUACUAUAGCGAGCCCGGAGCAAAGCAGUCCUACGAGGCGGCCAGGUUCCGUGUGCCCUCCAUGAAGGACACCUGGAACCGUUUUGCUGUCGCUGUGGAGGAUGACAAAGUGAUGUUCUACCUGAACUGUGAUGCAGAACAUCAGGUGAUGCGAAUCGAGAGAUCCCCAGAUGAGAUGAAGCUGGAGGCCGGUGCCGGGGUAUUUGUUGGUCAAGCUGGAGGGGAACAUCCUGAGAAAUUUCAGGGUGCGAUCAGUGAGCUGAGGGUGGUGGGAGACCCCCGCGCGGCAGAGCGGCUCUGUGAAGAGGAUGAUGACUCGGAUAUGGCUUCAGGAGAAGGAAGUGGCUACGAAGAAACCAGACGCCCAAAGCCCUACACGGAGAAACAGCAAUCCACGACAACGUUUGUGUCUUCUCCGCCCAUCCCACAGCCGCCACUGGAUAGGAAAGGAGAGGAGGGAACCUUCAGAGAAACAGGUGCAGUCGUUGCUAAAGGACAAAAGGGCGACAGAGGGGACAAAGGAGAGAAAGGAGACAGGGGUCCGAUGGGGCCGAAGGGAGAAAUGGACUCCAGCUCAAGCUCACAGGGGGGAAUCCGUGAGCACAAGGGAGAACCUGGUGAUAAAGGAGCAAAGGGCAACGCAGGUUUUGGAUACCCUGGUAAAAAGGGAGAACCAGGCCCUCAAGGACCACCAGGGCCCCCUGGACCUCCAGGGCCCACAUCUGAGUAUUCAGUUGGAAGUGACGGGUCAGUUGUUUCAAAAGUUCCUGGACCCCGCGGACCAUCUGGAUCUCCUGGUCCUCAGGGACCACCAGGAGAAGAUGGAGAACCAGGUGAUCCCGGUGAAGACGGAAAAACUGGUCCUCAGGGACCCCCAGGCUUUCCGGGAACCCCAGGUGACCCAGGACUGAAAGGAGAGAAGGGAGACCGUGGAGAGGGCCACCCUGGCCCCAGGGGGCCUCCUGGACCGCCUGGCACAGGAUUCAGAUCUACAUUUGAGGACAUGGAGGCCUCUGGAUUCCCAGAUUUGGAAUCCAUUCGGGGACUUCCAGGUCCACCAGGUCCUCCUGGUCCACCAGGUCUUCCGGGUCCCUCCUCAGCAAGCACAGCAGUGAGCUCUGGAGCUUUUGGACCCCCAGGAAAGGAUGGGGUACCUGGUCAACCUGGUCUGCCGGGUUUACCUGGUGCUGAUGGUCUUCCAGGAGCUCCUGGUCCUAGGGGAGAAAAGGGGGAUUCGGGUGAGCUGGGACUUCCAGGAGCAAUUGGAGAAAAGGGAGCUCAAGGAGAACCUGGUCUACCGGGACCUGCAGGAGAACCUGGACUGGCUGGUCUGCCGGGACCCAUGGGACCAGUUGGUCGUCCUGGACCUCCAGGGCCUCCGGGACCAGGUCAUCGGGUUGGAUUUGAUGACAUGGAGGACUCCAGUGGGAUUUUCACCAAUGGACUUCCUGGUAUCAGAGGACCAGAAGGAAUACAGGGUCCUCCUGGUCUACCUGGACACCCAGGUAGACCUGGCUUGGCUGGUACACAAGGUCCAAAGGGUGAGCAGGGUCCUCAAGGAAGAGACGGACAACCAGGCCUGGAUGGCUUCCCAGGGCCUCCGGGUCAAAAGGGUCACAAAGGUGACAAGGGAGAGACGGGUGAAGCUGGUCGAGAUGGAACUGGACUCCCAGGUCCACCAGGUCCACCUGGACCACCUGGACAAAUAAUCUACCAGCCAUCUGACAAUGGGGCGGCUGGUUUACCUGGAAGAGCUGGAUUUCCUGGUCCUGCUGGACCGAAAGGGGACAGAGGUGACCCUGGUCCUCCAGGUUAUGGCCUGAAGGGUGAAAAAGGAGCGCCAGGCUUGAUAAUUGGACCUGAUGGAAAUCCUUUGUAUCUGGGAGGGCUAACUGGCCCCAAGGGAGACAGAGGACCUUCAGGACCUAUUGGACCUUCUGGUCCUCAGGGACCUUCUGGACUGAAAGGUGAAAUAGGAAUGCCUGGAAGACCUGGUCGCCCAGGUGUGAAUGGAUACAAGGGUGAAAAGGGAGACCCAGGAGGUGGCACAGGUUAUGGAUCCCCAGGAGUCCCUGGUCCACCAGGACCUCCUGGACCACCAGGACCAGCCACUUCUUUGGAUCGCUUUAAUCGUUUUGAUGAAAAUUCACGGAGUUACCAAGCAGUAAAAGGAGAAAAAGGAGAGCGUGGUGACCGUGGACCUCCUGGGAUCCCAGGGGCAGCAUCGAAUUUUGAUAUUUACACAUUCAAGAAUGAGCUAAAGGGAGAACAGGGAGAUACAGGAGUGAAGGGACAGAAGGGUGAGCCAGCUGGUGGAUAUUAUGACCCACGUUUUGGAGGCCCGCUGGGACCACCAGGACCUCCAGGAAACCCAGGCCUACCGGGUCCAAAGGGAGAAUCUAUAGUGGGCCCUCCUGGACCCGCAGGACCUUCUGGACCACCGGGUGUUGGUUAUGAUGGACGUCCAGGUCCAGCAGGACCACCUGGGCCUCCAGGACCUCCAGGAUCUCCCUCAUUUUCUGGAGCAUUCAGGCCCAAUUAUCCUGUCAGUGUCCCUGGACCUCCUGGCCCCCCAGGCCCACCUGGGAGUCCUGGUCUCUCCUCUGGGGUGACAGUUUUGAGGUCAUAUGACAUCAUGAUUGCUACAGCCAGACAGCAGCCUGAGGGCAGUCUCAUAUACAUCAUGGACAAAGCAGACCUUUAUCUGAGAGUGCAGGAUGGACUUCGACAAGUCCUCCUCGGAGAGUACAGAACCUUCUUUGGAGAUCUGGGCAACGAGGUGGCAGAAGUCCAGCCCCCACCGGUGGUUGUGUACCCCCACACCCCAGACCGGACUGCCAACAACGGAGCGGGUCAUUACUCCCAGAGCAGUGUGGUCAUCCGACCCAUUGAGCCCCCGCUGCGGCAGCCCAGCCCCCCGGUGGCUGCAGCUGACUCGUCAGAACCAGGACUCCACCUCGUUGCAUUGAAUGCUCCUCAGACUGGCAACAUGCGAGGGAUUCGCGGGGCUGACUUCCUGUGCUUCCAGCAGGCCCGCGCUGUUGGGCUGAAGGGAACAUUCAGAGCCUUCCUGUCCUCCAAGCUCCAAGACCUCUACACCAUCGUCCGCAGGUCGGACAGGGACGGAUACCCCAUCAUGAAUCUCAAGAACCAAGUGUUGCUCAGCAGCUGGGACUCCAUCUUCAGCGAGGACAGCAGCAAAAUGAGGGAGAAUGUACCGUUAUACUCGUUUGAUGGUAGAGACAUCCUCAGGGACAGUGCAUGGCCAGAGAAGAUGGUCUGGCACGGAUCAAGCGAAAAGGGCCACCGGCAAAUGGAUCAUUACUGUGAAACGUGGCGGGCAGGUGAGCACGCUGUGACGGGCCUGGCGUCGUCCCUGCAGAGCGGGCGCCUCCUGCAGCAGACGCCCAGCGGCUGCUCCGGCUCCUACAUCGUCCUCUGCAUUGAAAACGCCUCCACAUUGCCCUCCAAAUAAUAAAUCCAUACUCCUUCCCUUUUGUUCCUCUGCAUUCAGGGCCCUAGUUAACACAUCUAUGUCAACUCAGCUUGUAAAUUUUUACCCUCUUUUAAUUUUCCUGCUAACACAGCUUGUAAACACGUGGCAUCGGAUGAACUGCCCCCUGAGGAGUUUUAUCGCCUGGCAGGACGUUCAGCAUCCAUAAACGCCAAAGAAAAGGCUCCAACACAGAGCCGUUGGUCCUUUUUCUCUGGGACAUUGGCACAUAUUUUCCUUAAAAUUCCUCAUUCUCUAAAUAAAUCUCAUUUUUUAAUUUCUGUAUUACAUGUUUGCUUUUUGUGUUAUUUUUAUCUUAUUGAUGUUUUAAACUUGUCUUUACCCAUCCAUCUGUUUUAUUUUUCUUUCUAGGAAUUUUUAUUCUUUUCAGUUUCAGUGUAGAUUUGGGUUAAUGAUGGAUCACAUCAAAUUAUAUGAAUUAUUUUAAAAUUUAAAAAAAGCAAGAUAUUAGAUAUUUAUUUUUAAAUGAAGUUAUAAAAGGAGAAAAUAGAAACUUAAUGUUCUCAUUUUAUUCUACACAAUAUAAAAAAGGCUUUGAUUAACAAUUGUGCCUUAUCACACACCCAGGUUUGCUGGUUCAAAGAGUCAGAGAUACUUUAUUGUCAUUGCAUGUAUGACAUUCGACAAAAUAUAAAUGAUAAUAAAACACUAUGGACUUUUCUGCUGACAGUAUUUUCAGAUGCUGGUACAUUUAGCUGAAUCUAAAUGACUCAUUUUGGUCAUCCAAGGGGCAAUCUUCAUUUUUAAUUUGAAUUUUUUGAUUCUGAGUUAUUUUAUUUUUUGCCCUUUUACCAUCCUGUUAAACCUUUAUGUGAGCAGACUGAAAAAACUGGCUAAUUGUCUAGAAAACCAACAUAUUGAGGUCCGAGUUUCACACUUCUUUGUUUUCAUUUCAGGCUAACUAAGGGUCAGAUUUCUUAACUCCAUCUGUGAAUAUGCUUUUUUUGUAUGACAAAUUGCAUUGUACUGUUUCACCCAGGCACUGAAUUAAAGACUUUUUCAAUUACUAUUGUGAUGUUCUAUGUAGAAGUUUGAAUUGUAUUUGAAUCAUUAAUUGUUCACAUUAUUGUGUUGCAUUUCUUCUAAAUGAGAUCAUAAGCUA